UGACAAUUGACUGACACUGACAGUUAUAAUUGUUGUUGGCGUUGUUAGCUUUGGCUUUUCUGAACUGAAAUAAAAUUAUGUACUAUACCUUUAACUUUAUUUUGUGGUUAAGCUGCUGUCUUAUUUGCCAUUUUUAAAAGAGAGAUUUAGUUAAAUUUCUAUCUAAAAAUGCAACGUGAAGAGAAGCAGUUGGAAGUAACUCUUCAAGCAAUUCUGAACAGAGUAAAUGAUUUAAAAACUGCUAUCCAGGCACUUAUUGCUAAACUUGAAAAUGAGUAUGAAACUAUCAACUGGCCAACUUUUCUGGAUAACUAUGCCAUAUUAUCCGGUCAUUUGACUGGCUUAAGUAAAAUUCUGCAAGCAGAGAUGGCUCCAUCCUUGCGAGCUUUAGUGGUCUUGCCUCUACAACUGGGAUGCGAGAGGGAUGAGGCCCUGUCAAGGCUCUCUGAGGGCAGGGUGCCGGCUUGCACACAUGACUUGGUGCCGGAUCUGUUGCGAACCAAGCCUGAACCGCAGGCGGAGCAGAGGCUUCAGCAGUUUAAUCAUAAAGCUAGUACACUGAGCUAUGACACUGCUCAGAAACAAGUAGCCCAAUUCACAAAAGUCGUCAACCAUGUUUGGGAGAUUAUAUCCAAGGGGCGAGAGGAUUGGGAAGGGGAGUCGAUGAGAUCACAAGGUAUGCAACCGACGCACAGCAUCGGCGACACGCACGCGCUGGUGACGGCGGUGGGCACGGGCAAGGGGCUGCGGCCCGGCAUGGCGCCGCUGGGCGGCGUGGGCGUGGGCGUCGGCGUGGGCGUGGGCGCGCUCGGCCCGCGCGGCCCGCCCGGCCCGCCGCCGCCCGGCCCGCAAGCCCCCGCCAUGCCGAAAGCACCCUCCGCGAUUAAGACGAAUAUUAAGGCGGCUAAUCAGAUACAUCCCUAUCAGCGAUAAUAGAUUGAUUCUUAUUUAAUUGUAGUUAUUAUGAUGUAAGAGUAAUAAACAAAUAUUAUCAUG